AAACUAAUUAAAAAAUAAUAUGGAGAAUAAAUUAAACCUUAUUUUAUGUAAAUAAUUUUCCAGAGAUGAAGUUCUCUUUCAUUUUGCAUUGUUUCUUGGUCCACAUUUUAUUACAAUUUUACUUAGUUUUGGCUGCUGAAGAUUCCGAGAAGAUACAUUUUACAAACUCGUGGGCAGUUCAUAUUGAAAAUGGAGAUGACAGUAUUGCAAAUAAUAUUGCCGACAAACAUGGUUUUAUCAACUUUGGACAGAUUGGUAGUUUGCCUGGAUAUUUUCAUUUUGUCCAUAAAAAAACAGGUGGCAGACGUAAAAGAAGAGAGGUUGACAAUGUGGAAACUUUGCUUUCUGAGGAAAAGAUAAAAUGGGUUGAACAACAGUGUGUUUUAGAACGGGAGAAGAGAUCAAUAGUUCCAGAUUAUGUUCAAUCAAUACAUUCUACGUUAUAUUCAAUCCACGAUCCCAUGUAUAAUGAACAGUGGUAUUUGAAUAAUGUUGGUCAAUCUAGUGGACCAUCUGGUUUAGAUAUCAAUGUUUUACCAGUGUGGGCCCAAGGGAUUUCUGGAAAAGGUGUUGUUGUUGCUAUUUUAGAUGAUGGACUUGAUCACACUCAUCCUGAUUUGAGAGCAAAUUAUGAUGCACGCGCGAGUUAUGAUUUUAACGAUUACGAUGAAGAUCCAAUGCCGAACUCGAAAGACUCCAGUAACUGUCAUGGUACAAAGUGUGCAGGAGAAGUCGCUGCAGAAGCCGGUAACGAUAUCUGUGGAGUUGGAGUGGCUUUUAACUCUAGCAUUGGAGGUAUUCGUAUGCUUGACGGUAACGUUACCGACACAAUCGAAGGAAGUGCUUUAAGUUUUAAAAAAGACUUCAUCGAUAUCUACAGUUGUGCUUGGGGGCCUAAAGAUGACGGAAAGCGGUUUGGUAGGCCCGGCACUCUUGCAAGUAAAGCACUAGAGCUCGGAACAAAAGAAGGUAGAAAUGGUCUUGGCUCCAUAUUUGUAUGGGCAACUGGUAAUGGGGGACUGACAGAUGACGAUUGCAACUGCGAUGGUUACACCACAAGUGUGUACACUAUAUCAGUUGGAGCCAUCAGCGACCAUGGGUUGUCCACCUACUAUACUGAAAGUUGUGCUUCGACACUAGCUGUGACGUACAGUGGAGGUUCCCAUCGAGAAAAGAAAGAAAAUAAGAUUGUAACUACAACAUUAAAUCAUAAAUGUACAGAUGAAUUUAAAGGGACUUCUUCAGCUGCUCCCCUCGCAGCUGGUAUAAUUGCAUUAGCAUUAGAAGCAAACGGAAACUUAACUUGGCGUGAUGUGCAGCAUUUGAUCGUAGAAACAUCUCUGAUGACAAGUCCGCUGGACGAAGGCUGGCGCAGAAAUGGAGCUGGUAAAUGGUUUAAUCAGAAGUUUGGGUUUGGUCGUAUGGACGCUUCUGCAUUGGUUACUAAAGCUCAGGGAUGGACCAAUGUCAAUAAUUUGCGCACGUGCUGGAGUGACAAGAAUGACGGACCCUGGUCCAUUCCAAGCGGGGGUACGGUGUUGAUUGCUAUGAACGUUAGUGCAUGCGCAGACACAAACUCCGAGGUAAAGUCACUGGAACACGUGCAAGUUGUUUUGUCUCUAAAGCAUCGACAUCGUGGUCGUGUUAGUAUAGAACUUAUAUCGCCAUCUGGCACAAGAACGCAACUGUUGAAAACACGAAGAAAUGAUAAAUCGACAAAAGGCUUAAAAGACUGGGUGUUUAUGAGUGUCCAUUUCUGGGGUGAAGAUCCAAAAGGAAUUUGGACCCUAGCUGUGACUGAAAACGAAAAUAACGGAAGAGACCAUCAUCGCAUCAAGAGCAAGUUCGGCGACUUUGAGGAUGCCACUGAGGCGUUUCAAGAUGAGAUGGAAUCGAAAGCGGGUAAGGACGCGGAACAUGAAAGUAUUGUUGAUGAUGAUGAUCUGUUCAAAUCAUCCGAAGAAUUCGAAAACAAUGUUUUUAAGGACGAUACGUACGGUAAAAAGAAGGAAGAGAAAAAAAUAGAAGAUAAGCCAAAGAAUAGAGAGAAAAAUGAUAAGUUACAUAUGGAGAAGAAGAAAAAGAAGACUGACGAUAAAGUGAAGCAUUUCGGCAAACACAGAAGUGUGAAAAAGAAGAAGAAAACGAAUGAGGAAGAAGUUGCUAAUGAAAUAGUUGAAGAACUUUUAAAAGGAGCAAAGAACUCGAAACUAGAUCAAUACGUUGGCACAGAACAGACAAACAACACUAAACAAAUAAGUGAAGCUGGGCAAUCGAACACAACGAACAAAUUACCAAACCAAAACAACACACAUAUCCGAACAAACGAGACAAAUAGAGGAUCUAACCUAUCGCGCAUCGUAGAUGCUUUUGCUGCUGCAAGGAACACGAGUUAUAGUAACGAGGAGAACACCAUGUUGGAGAGUUUACUAAAAACAGUCCUUUCUGAAGUAUUCACGAAUUUUCGCGCCGAAGAUGGCCAAGGUAGCAAAUUCGAACAGCGUCUGCGUGCUUUGGAAGCUGUACUUUUUAAAAACGAAACAAAACCCAUCGAAGAAACACUUAGCUCCAUUCUUAUGAAAGCUUUAAAGGAUGGAAAAGCGAUUGAUAAGAUUAACAAUGUUUUGGUGGUUCUUGAGAACAGUAAAAACCAGACGAAAUUUGCGAACACUAGUUUUUAUAAGAAUUCGGAAGUAGUUGCAGAUGUUCUUAAGGUAUUGAAAGAUAUUUUGUCCUCAAGCAGAGACGAUAAAAAUGUACAGAGUUAUAAGAAAAGAAUUUCAAGAUUACUAGAAACGAGCUCAAACAGUACCAGAAAGUUACGAGAAAAGUUGUUAAAUGAUCUGGAACCGACAGCCGAUGGUAAAGACGUAUCACCAAGCGUCAUUAACGAUGCUUUAAUGUUGAUUAGUCAUAUUUUUCGCCGGAAAAGUCGGAAAAAAUCGACACAUUUUCCCAGUAAGAUUCAGAUUUUACUUAAAGGAUCAGACGAUAAAGAUGUGCUACCUGCGUCUGACGUUACGUCAGGUGAUGGAAACCGACAUGUAGUUACAACAACAACGACAUCGUCACAAGAAAUUCACCAUAAUAGCAACGGCGUCGACACUAUUACUGUGGAGCAUGUCGAUGUACGGAAGAACCCGACGGGAAACAACCAAGAUCAACAUAAGACAGAUGUAGAAAAUAGCCAAAACGAACAAAUUGACGGGUAUCGAAAACAUGUGUCGCAUAAUAAGGAGAAUGAUGAAUUUUACGACAAUGGAGAGCGACAGAACCACGGGGGAGAAAUGCUGGACGAGAAUAGACGUUUGCUUGCGAAAAAUACGGCAUCUGACGAUGACGAUACGAGUGGUUUUACAAUCGCCAUUAUGAAGAACGGGAAAAAAAUUGAGGAAAGAAAAGUGGACAACGCCCAAGCGCGAAACUACCUUCAACGUCACGACGCAGACGUCGAAAAAACAAAGUUUGAAAAUUCUGACAGAAAUAUCGAUGUCGAAGUCUCCUUUGAUAGGGAAAGAAAACAAAAUAUGAGACGACAUAACAAACACAUAGAAUUUGAUGUGACGCCGACCGGGGCGUUAGUCAAACCUGAUGGCGAGUUCGACAAAAAUCUAGAAAAAGAUGACGAUGUUAUGAAGUUAGAAUACUUUAAACCGUCAGACCGUCCUUUUAGUGACAGGAGAGGCAAUAUGGAUGAUGACCUUAUACCGAAGUUAAUAAGUUCUGAUACGCCUAAUAAGAAAAAUAAUUUGGAAAAAAAGAAAAGAAAACCAAGAAAGAUGGUGAAGAAGAAAAAGAGAAAGAAGCUCAAAAAAUAUAAUGAAGAUGACGGUGAAGAGUUUAAUUUGCAGAACGCUUUUCCAUUCCUUCAAUUUGCGGAUCCUCAUCAGUUAGCUCAGAUACCAACAGGUGAAAACAAUGAGAACCUCGUACAACAGUUGUACAAUCCGUUUAGUUCAAAUAGAUUUCCGAAUUUUGAAGACCUUCCGCCGCUGGAGGAAGAAGCAUCGUUUUAUAAUUAUCCGAAUAUUUUCGAGAACAGCGCACGCGAUCAUCAAUUCGAAAGCGACAGGCGUUCGCGUGUUUCUUUACCAUCGUUUGAAGAUAUGCAAAAGUUACGAGAAAGUUCGACUAAAGACGCCAAGUCAGAACCAAAGAGAUCGCAUCGAACACGUCGCUCUGUCUUAAACGAGAAUCAGUCUGCCGAAGAUGAGCUGUAUCGCCAAAAAAGAAGCGACAUUAUUGACAAUGUUGAAAGCGACGACAAUGAUGAAGAUGGACCGCAUGUCGUUAAAAGAUCGGCAAUAUUUAGCGAACUUUAUCCGUCAAAACGGUCGUCGUUUGUAGAUACCGGCGCAGGUAAGGAGCUGUCGCCAACAAAAAAAUAUAGAACAGAUAUAGUAAAAGACACUGCAGCUAACAAGCGCUCGGCAGUUAAAAAAGCUCUGUCGCUGGAAGGGACGUUAAAACAGAAACUUAUUUCUAUGAAAAAAGAAAGUUCUUCUGUUCUAAACAUUAUGAAGCGAGUUCAUGAUGACAUUGCUGUUGGCGAUUCAACAGACUUACGUAUGUUAGAAAAACAAUUAUCAAAACUGGAAAGUAAAAGUUCUGUUUCUAUAGCAGAGAGUAAUGCUUUAAAAGAUAUAGAAAACGAGAAAGACUCUUUAGUCAGAGCUAAAGUGUUUAAAAAACCGAACAAGAUUCAGCAAGAUCCUGAUGAAUAUUAUAAAUAUGGCGCCGCAGCUUCGGGGCAAAUAGAAACAUGGACUAUUAAACUUUACGGUACUUAAUUUUUUUACCAACGUGAAAUAUUAGUUCUCACUUGUCUCGUUUGCGACCACGUGUUACUGUUUCAAUGUUAAGUGAUUCCUAUACCGAGUUAGUGUUUCGUUCUUAGUGUUUCGGUUCUAUCAUCCAACCUUAUGUUACUUCGGUUCGUCAAACUCUCGCUUAUCCAAACGGACGAAUAAAAUGGCAAAAAACAGGUGUUUUUUAUUUGUGUAAAACACUGUGGUGAUUGUUUUUCGUGUGGCUUUGUUAUUCACGUGAUUCGUGUUGUUCACGUGACUAUUAUUUUGUUGAUGGUGGUUGAUGUUAAGUAGAAAGCGAAGCUUGUUACUGUUUUAGCUCGUAGCGCAUUGAUAUUUGCAAUGUAUAUGUUUUAAUCAGUCUUUUAAAGGCGUGGUUUAUUACAUAGCAAGAUAUAUUUAUGAUGUACUGUUCUUUACGUCAGUUUUGUAUUAAUUUUUUAAGUAUAUAAAUGUAACUUCUAAUAA